AUGUCUAAGGCAUUCGACAGGGUAAACCAUUCCAAGUUGAUUGAUAAACUGCGUAGUUUUGGAUUCAAUAACAGCCUGCUUUCUUGGUUCCAGUUGUAUCGUCAGCAUCGUCAACAACAGGUGACAGUGCUUGGAUCAACAUCUACGUUUUUGCCUGUGUCUUCUGGUGUACUACAAAGAUCGAUCUUAGGACCGAUUAUGUUCCUAAUUUACGUCAAUGGUCUACCAGACGUCGUCACUUCAUCACCAGUAGCUGCCUUGGCCGACGACACCAAACUGUUCAAGCAUAUAUCCAACAUAACAGACAACUCACUUCUACAACAGGACUUGAACAAUGUCGAAGCCUGGUCUUCGUCUUCUGACAUGUCAUUCAACGAGAGAAAAUGCAAGGUUCAAACCAUAUAAAGAAAGACGUUUUUUUCCAAUUCAAGAACUUUCCAGGAUUUUCAAGGCCCGUGGACACCCUGCUAUUAUUUGUCAUGAAAGAAGCAAGUUCGUUCACAGACCACGAAAGCCAACAAAAUCCUUGGUUAUGUGAAAAGAACGACUAAAUUUGUAAAAGCAAUCCCCACCACUAGACGAACGAUUGGUUGUCCUUGUGCAUAAUCCUUGUGCAUUCAACAUUGAGUGACCAAAAGAAAUUGUUAAUUGGUCAAAUUUACCGUUUUAAAUUGGUUAAAAAUGCAACCAAUUAUGUAUUGGUCGAAAUGACCAAUAUCUAAUUGGUCAUGUCAGACUAACCAAUUCUUCAAUUGGUUAAAAUGACCAAUUCAAAUUGGUUGCAACCAAUUUGAAUGGGUCAUUUUAACCGAUUUGUUUUUACUAUGUGAACGGAUAGCUUCUUUAGCGAUAAGGUCCGUCAGAAAAACAGGAAUAAGCUGGGAAAUGGCAUUAAAACUGUUUACGACCUUCGCAGAUAUAUUGGACGCCAUCUUGGCUUCACUUUUCUCACAGGCCGAAUGACUGAAGUUCUUGCUCCAGAUAUAUAGAGAGCUCACUGCAUUCUUCCUGUUUUAGAUUUAGAUUUAGAAAAGACGACGAGGCAAAUACGAUGACGCUGUCUCAAUUUCAGCUCAAGAUUGAGAGCUAUAAGGACAUUGAUUAAUGUGAUAAAACUGAAGGUUUUUAAAAUAACCUUCGGGGAAAACGAUCCGCAGUCUGCUAUGCGACAAAUUUUAUGUAACUCCUCCAAUGUCGCAACAAGCAUUCACGUAGGUCGACAAAUUAUUCAAACAUUUUGUUUUGCAUGAAUAAUUUCUUUGUUCCGAAGGCGGCGUCUUUCAGUUCGCGUCCGGUUUUAUAUAAAUCUGUCUAGUAGAGACCUCACGAUGUAGGACGGCAACGCAACGACAACGGCCAGAAUAAAACCAUUCAAAUAAACGAUUGUAAAGAAAAUUUGUAGACUAUUAUUGAUCAUAUCGAUUUAAUACUGUUUGGUUAGCUUAAAAUAGUGGCUUUAUUGUUGAGAAAGUUCCACUGUAGUACCGAGUUAAUUUGCUGAGUAUCACGUCUCGCGUCUUGAAAUGCAUGAAGGCGUUUUAUCCAAGACGUAAAAGUUUGUAGUUUCCCGUUGUAAGGGACCGGUCAUAAAGUAACUGCUAGGGUGGGCUGGAGUGAUUUGGGAUGGGCCAUGGAAAAUCUUUCGGCAGUUUCGAUGGGCCACCAAUUUUUUGGUAUGUCAACGGUUGGGCCACCAAACAAAAACUCAUGUUAAUUAUAUAUUACAUAAAGAUAUUAAUUAAUAAUAAAAGUAAACAAAACUAUCCAAAUUAUCAAGUGCAAAUGAUGCUAUUGAAGCCAGUACUUUGUUUUAUACAACAACAAGAAGUGGUCGAAUCACAGCAAAUACAACCAACUGGAGAGCAGUUCAGUAUCGUAAUUGGUGAUGAAUGUGUUGGUCAAGCAUGGUGUAAUUAUGUAUGUCGAUACAGUGCCAGUGUAUGUUAAUUUAUACAAUGUUCAUACCUGCAAAUUUUUUUAAUUAUAAAAUUGUAUUUUCCCAAUUUAGAUUGGGUGGGUGGGUCAUGAAAUAAAUUUGGUAAGAUUAGAUGGGCUUUGAAAUUUUUAUCCAUAUCCUAAGAUGGGUCACCAGACGUAUUGGCAAAAUUUGUGAUUUACCUCCAGCCCACCUUGGCAGUUACUUUAUGACCAGUCCCUUAUCUCAGGGCAGGAAAAAAGAAUUUUCUUCUUGGAGCACAACCUGGCAGUAAACACGAAGUUCUAGGAAGAUGUUCUGUGAUUGGUUGACUAUGACAAUGACAAAAGACGUAAUUGGCUUACAUAAACAAAAGGAAUAUUGUUGUUGCUUCGUUCUUUAGAAAUCCAUUCUAUAGUUUAUUCUUUUGUCAUUGUCAUAAUCAACCAGUCACAGAACAUCUUCCUAAAGAUCUUCGUGCCGACCCCAACCUGGAGACAAAAAUGUCCUGCAGACCAACGGAGUAUUUUUGUGCUAUAUCUGCAUGUGCAUAAACAUAUAGUGUUCUAGCUCACCAUGGUUUUAAAUUUAAGGAAUAAUGUCUGUCAAUCAUAUGUUGUUGCGCCCAUAGUGGGACAUGGGUGUUAAGGUUUCCUUCGAAUUUUCAAUAGCAAAUCUUCAUUCAAACGAAUUUCCUGCAGCUGGUUAACAUUUCCUGCAAGCAAUGCUCGUAUGCUUGCCUAUUUUUUUCUACCCCUACCUUAUCUCAUAACACAAACUGGUCUCUAUCAUGUACUGUACCUUCUUUUAAGGUUUAUUAUUAUUAUUAUAAAAAAAAUUAUUAUUUUUUAAAAAAAAUAUUUUUUUUAAAAAAAUUUAAUUUUAUUAUUAUUUUUAUAAAAUAUAUAUUAUUAUGAAUAAGUGUGACUCCUAUUUCCAGGGCAGCGCUGGAAAGGUGAUGGUAAUUCAUGAUUCUCCUUAUUACGUUUUCCUAGCCUUUUGUAUUGUGGUUAUACUGUAGUGGUAUCACUGAUAAAGACAGCCGGCUCGAAUGAAAAUAUUGAAUGUUUUCGCGAAUAUUUUGCUGUUGUGGCUAUCGCGCACCUGACCCUAGCUUGUUUUAAAAGUUCUUGCACGGGUCAGGACAGAAAAUAAGCCAUCUUGAAUAUCAGUGAUACCACUAUAACCACAAUGCAAAGCGCUACGAAAACAUAAUAAGGGGAAUCUAGUAUUAAUUUUCUUAAUAAUUAAUCGAAAAUAUAAAUUUUUCAGAUUGCUGUUCUUCAUAAUGAAGUUGAGCGGGCAAAAAGUGAACAGAACAGGUACAUUUAUGCAAUAGUGUCUUGAGACGUUAGGAUCCAAUGUAGCUAGCGUUUCUUUUACUAGAGUACUUUACAAAUCAAAGAGAGACGUGAAAAUUAAGUUAUUUUUUAUCAUUCACGAAUCCCCAUAAUCAAAAGCUUUGUAUGUUGUUCAAAUUCUAUUUUAUCUUUGUGAAGGUUGGAUCAAGAACUGGACUUUCUGGUAUCACAACAGAACGAGCUGGAGGAUUUAUUAAAACCUCUCGAAGAAUCUGUGAAGCACCAUAACGGGGAAUAUGCACAGGAACCCGACAGAGAGCGAGAAAAAAUGUAAGUUAUAGUUGCAGGGCCUCAGGUUCAAAUCCUGCAAGAGGACCUAGAAUUGGGAGAGACGGGAAAAAAUUUAAGGGAGGUACAGCGGUUUAGCUCACGACCCCCAUGGAAAGUUAGGGCUUAGAACGAGCCAAAGUCAACAAUGUAUUAAUAAAUUACGACUGUACAACUCAUCCAAUUUUGCCCUUUAUUACAAUUACUACAAAGUUUCUUUCAAAACAUUGCAUUAAAAGGGUACUUGACACGGAGAUGUAUGGCUAUAACUGUUUCAAUUUUACAGAAAAACUUUCUUACGAAGUGUAGACCCUAAGCAACCAAAAAAUGUCAAAUUUUCACUUUAAUCUAUCAUUGAAACUUUCCCAGGGGGGGGUGCAUAACGUUUCAGGGGAGGUGCAGAAAUUCUCAGGGGAGGUGCAAAACGAUCUCAGGGGAGGUGCGCACUUCCCCACACCUCCCCUCAAAAUUCGGCCAUCGUAACUGACCAUCUGAUCGCCUUCUUUCAGCUACACCAUGGCAGAGAAAUGCGAUGGUCAACUCAAAGGAAUGGUUCAAGACCUGAAGGAAGUCAUUGACUACCUAAAUUCUACGAACGCCAAUCAACAGCAAGAAGACAACCCGGUAUGUUCACUACAGCAUAGUAGGGGGUGGGGUGUGUGGGAGGUAACCCAGAGUUGAAAAAAAGUUCAACCUUCCUCAGGGUAAAUUUCAAGUUUUCAAACCAUCUUCAAAGCAAUUUGAAUAGACCCAUUGCACAUGACAUCACAGCGCCGGUGACGAUGCAUCUGGAGGACAGAUUGGCAAUCUAUGCAUAAUAUAACUAUUGUAAACAAAGCAAAAUUUGUAAAACUUUAUAAGAAUUUUGUACUAAAUUGGUUAAUUUUUGCGCUGUAUGUGGUUGUUGUACCCGAACAGAUAUUGUUAGGGAGCAUCUGGAGGACACUCUAAGGAUUUGUGACGUCAGUGCAAUGAGUCUAUUAUCUUUUUUUCAAAUUUGCAAAAUAUAUAAAUUAUGUCAUUCAAAUUCUUAUUCCUUUAACCGUGAAUUUUGUUACGCUAACCACUUGUGCUGUUCUAUUUUCACAUCAAAGGUGAUUCAAAUAGCGAAAAUACUCAACGUCCAUAUGGACUCCUUGCAAUGGAUUGACCAAAACUCAGGUACGAUGAGAUUUUCGUCAUCUGUGAUCACUGAUAACCAACUAAAGAAUAUACGUAAAUAUAUAUUGAAGACACUGCAUGCUCCACGCAAACUAUAUCAUAAUGAUUUGAUAUUUCGUUGAUAGUUUUACUGCAGAAGAGAGUGGAUGAAAUUGCCAGAUUGAGUGAAAUGAGGCGAAAAGAGUACGAAAGAUCAUUUAGAUUGGUAAGUGAGACCAAGAAAUUUGGUUCCUAGAUAAAUUCUACCUUAUAAGCCCGGAUCUAGUGAGAGUUGGCAGUCACGCGAUCUUGGUUAGCUGUUCUUAAUGCUUUCCCGAACAGUAUCUAUUUAGGUUAAAACCUAGUUGGAUCUCGGAACACUUAUCAAACCUUGAUUUUGCUUGAAAUGUCCCCCAUAACAAUGGACAACUUGCAUGUUAGACUAAAUUUUAAUCUGAGUAAAGAGAAGGGAAUCAAACACUACAGCUAAAAAGAACAUAAUGAAAUUAGUAAAAUUGCAAAAUUUGGUUGCGAAAUGUUGUAAUGCUUGGAAAAUACAGUCUUGUGCAAAGUUUGCAUAUUUUGUAUAUGUUUGUAUUACGUGCGGAAAUUGUUACCAUUUUCGGCUCAAAAAUGGUAACAAUUUCCGCACGUAAUACAACACAUACAAAAUAUGCAAAUUUCGCAAGGCUACAUUUUCCGUAUUUUACAACAUUUCGUAACCAAAUUUAGCAAUUUUACUAAUUUUAAUAAGUUCUUUACGGAAAUUCACUUUUUUUGCCUAGAUAAAAAAUUAGUCUAACAUGCAAGUUGUCCAUUCGUCACUGCCAACUCUCAUCAACUUUCAUCAACUCUUAUCAACUCUCAUCAACUCUCAUCAACUCUUAUCAACUCUCAUCAACUCUCAUCAACUCUCAUCAACUCUCAUCAACUCUCAUCAACUCUUAUCAACUCUCAUCAACUUUCUUCGACCGAGGCUUUGGUGGAAGUGGUCACUAUUGAGACUUCUAAGAGCAAUCCAAUGAAACAUUAUUUUUCUUAAUUUAGUGUCAUUAUCUUUUUAGGGUUUUGAUUGA